CGGCAUGCGCGAGCACAGUGCGAGCGCGCGGAGAGCCCCGUGCGGCGCGAGAGGCACCUGAGCGCUGCGCUGCUCUGCGCUGCUCUGCGCUUCGCUCGGCUCUGCGGCGCGAGACGGGACCCCCAGCGCACGGACGACAAAAAGCGCCCUUUCCUCCCUCCGAUGCAAGCGCCGUUUUCCCGACGCGCUUCUCGUCCCCGAGCAACUUGUGAGUCGCGUCGCCACCGGAUUCCUGCGCUUCUUACGCGCCGACAGCUGCGGUCCGUCGCGAGCGGCGGCGCGCGCCCGAUGGAGUGAGGAGGCGCGCGAGCGCUCGGAGCCGCUCCCGUUCGUCGCCGCGCCGGAGAAGCGAUGUCGGCGCUGCGCAGGAAGUUUGGAGAGGACUACCAGGUGGUGAACACGGAGCGCGGAUGCGCGUUCGCGGCGCCCGCCAAGAAGAAGCGGCAGCGCUUCGUGGAGAAGAACGGGCGCUGCAACGUGCAGCACGGCAACCUGGGCGGCGAGACGAGCCGCUACCUGUCGGACCUCUUCACCACCCUCGUGGACCUCAAGUGGCGCUGGAACCUGCUUAUCUUCAUCCUCACCUACACGGUGGCCUGGCUCGUCAUGGCCUCCAUGUGGUGGAUCAUCGCCUACAUCCGCGGAGACCUGAACCAGGGCCACGACCCGUCCUACACGCCGUGCGUGGCCAACGUCUACAACUUCCCGUCCGCCUUCCUCUUCUUCAUCGAGACGGAGGCCACCAUCGGCUACGGCUACCGCUACAUCACCGAGAAGUGUCCGGAGGGCAUCAUCCUCUUCCUCUUCCAGUCGCUGCUGGGCUCCAUCGUGGACGCCUUCCUCAUCGGCUGCAUGUUCAUCAAGAUGUCGCAGCCCAAGAAGCGGGCCGAGACGCUCAUGUUCAGCCAGGACGCGGUCAUCUCGCAGCGCGACGGCAGGCUCUGCCUCAUGUUCAGGGUGGGCAACCUGAGGAACAGCCACAUGGUGUCGGCGCAGAUCCGCUGCAAACUCAUCAAGUCCCGUCAAACCCCGGAGGGCGAGUUCCUACCCUUGGACCAAUGUGAGCUGGACGUGGGCUUCGGCACUGGUGCCGACCAGCUCUUCCUGGUCUCGCCGCUCACCAUCUGCCACGAGAUCAACUCCAAGAGCCCCUUCUUCGACCUGUCCCAGCGAUCGCUCACGAGCGAGCAGUUCGAGAUCGUUGUCAUCCUGGAGGGCAUCGUGGAGACCACCGGCAUGACCUGCCAGGCGCGCACCUCCUACACGGAGGACGAGGUGCUGUGGGGCCACCGCUUCCUGCCCGUCAUGUCCCUGGAGGAGGGCUUCUUCCGCGUGGACUACUCGCAGUUCCACAACACGUUCGAGGUGCCCACCCCGCCCUACAGCGUCAAGGAGCACGAGGAGAAGACCUCGCUGCCCUCGCCGCUGCUCACGCCCACGCUGACCGAGGGCCGAGUCCGGCAGGAGCGGGUCUUCUCGGCCGAGUGCCUGGACGUGGCGGAGGAGCGUCCGGCGGGCCGCCUGCCCAGCAAGCUGCAGCGCAUGAGCUCGUCGGGCAAGGAGGACCUGCAGCGCAAGGUGUUGAAGCUGGGCUCGGCCCACCCCGAGAAGGCCUCCAGCACCGGAGACCUGCCGCUCAAGCUCCAGCGCCUGGGCUCGGGUCCCGGUCCGGGCGAGGCGGAGGAGCGCCUGCGGCUCCGGGCCCUGCGCGUCGACGCCGGCGCCGUGACCCAGUCCACCGGGGACCUCCAGCACCACCCGGUUCCCCCGGCGAGCGGGCGGCCCGAGGACAACCUGCCGGCCAAGCUGCGCAGGAUGAACGCCGACCGCUGACAUCGAGGGGGCCGAGUGUUUCCGCACGAGGACCGGAGGAGGGGGACGGCUUUUCAGAUCCAAAACUGACACUACUGUGAUUUUUCUCACGUGUUUGUAUUCCAUUUUCCAGCCCAUCUCCUGCGUCAGUCCCGACAAGCAUGUCUGAACACACGGACCCCCAUGGCCAUCACCCCCCACGACCUCACAGCCUCUUUCGGAGUUUUUCCGAUGAACCACUUCAUUAAUAGUGUUAACACCUGUAAAUGUAUACAUCUUUAUAUAUUUAGCACUUUUUAAUUAUAAGACCCCUGAUUAUUCGAGUAUCGCUUUUACAAUAAAUCACGGCGGGGGGGAAUUAACAGUGUGUCCAGGCUCAGGAACGAAAUGUGGAUCGCAGGGAGCGGCCAUAGCCGAACUCAGUGCCGACGAGCUGAGGAAUGAGGAAUCUCUGCCGUUACAGAGACGUUGCAUUGUUCCCCCAGAAAUAGAAAAGCUCGAGAGCACCAGCGAGCUACUUCCGCGGAACGAGAAGGUCACUGCUAACCCCGCUCGCCUCGAAAGACUCGUUUCCCUCCUUCUCCUCGUCGGCUUCCUUUCCUGCGACGCCCUCACGCGUCCAUCCACAGACGACGAGCUCCCGCUCUUCCUCGUUCCGCAAUUCCGUUCGUACGUCGGCUCAUGUUGAUCCACUUUUCCUUGGAGGGGGGAAGGAAAGGAGGCUGACAUUUAGCCCAAGUAAGGAAAGAUAUACUGGAAAACACUUUUAGCGCCUAGGAGCGUCCAUGCAAACCGCGAACUGCGUUCAGUAAACACCGGCACCUUGAAACGGGGCAAGACCCUCCGUUCUUUCGAAGCGUGACGCUCGUACCGUGGCUCGUCCCGUUGCCGAAGGAGCGCUGCCUCGGCACACGGGCCACACGUCCAACGUCGUACGCCCUUCUAGAAGCGUCCGUGCGGAGCUGCCCGUCCGCUUCGUUGAACACUUUAAGAGGGAUGUCGGUACUUCGGCCUGAACCUCCUUCCUUUGGUAGCUCCCGGGCUUGAAAAGCACCUCCCGAUCUAGUGAUGGAGCCAAAAUCCACAUGGGUUCGACAUUUUCCAAAAGAGAAACACGUCUCCUGCUUUAAUGGCCACAACGGUCUGAUCGACUCCCCCUGUGUAUUAAUAUAGAAAUAUUGCUGGAUCUUACUAACCAUCAUAGCUAUAUCUGGCCGUGCCAAUGGUGGGUAACGAGGAGAUGACAGCUGUUAAUAAAAUUAUGUCCAAUAAAAUACAAAUGUAAAUGUUUCGUGGAAUGUUUAAAAGAAAGAAUUUGUCUUUUAGGAUAAAAUUAUGUUUUUUUUGUUUUUUUUUUUGUACACCGCAGCACCUUGUCCUUACACCUAUUGCAUCACUGCAAAGUUCAGGACGUGUUUUGGCUGCUCUGACCCAAUCAGAGAGCUGGACAGACCUGGACCUGGGACAGUCUCUUUAGUAUUAGAAAGGCGAUCGACACCUGUAGUCUGUUAUCCAUUGAAACCUCUCAGAUC